AUGUCCACUCCUCGCAAGAUCGCUGUCAUCCUCGGUGUCGGUCCCGGCCUCGCCACGUCCCUCGCCUCCUCCCUCUCGCCCACCCACUCUCUCCUCCUCCUAUCCCGCUCUCUCCCCACUUCACUACCCAACCUGAACAUCCCCGCCUCCAUCCCUAAAGAGAACAUACUGGCACUGCCCAGCGAUGGCUCGGUGGACAGUCUGAGAAAGGCGCUUGAGGAGAUGGAAAAGAAGUGGCCCGAAGGCAAGCUAGACGUGGGAGUCUAUAAUGUCAAUCAGCGAUUCGACCUUAAAAGCUUUUUGGACUCCUCUAUCGAGGACCUGCAAAGUGGUCUCGACUCGGGCGUGGUCAACGGCUGGAACUUUGCCCAAGCGUUGAUCCCCAGGUUCUUGAAGAAUCCCGACCCUCGCUCUUUGUCAGCCUCCGACCCAGCCAGCAGGGAGGGCAAGGGUACCCUCAUCUUUACUGGCGCUACCAUGUCGCUCCGUGCGGGUGCUUCGUUCUCUUCCCUAGCGCCCGGCAUGUUUGCACGACGAGCUUUAUCCCAAUCCCUCGCCCGUGAAUUUGGAUCGCAGGGCAUCCAUGUAGCUCAUGUCGUCAUAGACGGCAUCAUCGACACUGGUGCUGUCAAGGACAAGCUGGGCGAGGAUAAGCAAGGUAGCAGGAUGCAGACGGAAGAGAUUGCGGAUGCGUUUGUGGGGCUGGUGAGGCAGAGGAGGAGUGCUUGGACGCAGGAGCUUGAUCUGAGGUAG